CCGUGAAGCCAUCAACAUGAAGACCUGGGCCUUAACUUUAGUGGUUGUAUGCCUAGCCAGCUGCUGCUGGGCUGCUCCUGCCACACAGGAACGGAUUGAAACCGAUCCGGAGCUGACAGCUGGCUAUAUUCAGGGCGACAUGGUUCCAAGUCCGGAGGGAAGGAAUGGUCUUCGAAACGAAGUCUACAGAUGGCCCAAUCGCAUUGUGUACUACUACAUCAAUCGGGAUAUUGACACCGAACACCGCAACCACAUUCUGCGAGGUAUUCGCAUCAUCGAGCAAAGUUCUUGUUUGGUUUUCAAGGAGGCUACCACUGAUCAGGAUUAUUAUGUGAACGUCACCUCGGAGGCGGGUGGAUGUUUUUCAUAUGUGGGCCAUCGCAACAGGGUUCAGCAGUUAAAUCUUCAAAACUACGAACUGGAUUCGGGCUGCUUCCGGCUGGGAACAAUUGUCCAUGAGUUCCUUCAUGCCCUGGGUUUCUACCAUCAGCAAAGCACAUGGGAUCGCGAUGACUACGUGCGAAUCGUUGAGGAGAACAUAACGGCGGGCUCCGAGGGCAACUUCAACAAAUACGAUAACGAAACGGUCGAGGACUACGGAGAAGCCUAUGAUUACUCCAGCGUGAUGCACUACACGGCGUAUGCGUUCUCCAAGAACGGAGAGAUGACCAUUGUGCCGCUGCAGGAAGGUGCCGAAGAGCUGAUGGGACAGCGAUUGCAAAUGACCCAGUCCGAUAUUAACAAGCUGAAUGUCAUGUACAAGUGCCCUAGGCAGGUGUAAUAAGUUCGAAGGGUUAUUAUAUUAAAUACAAAUGUAUUUGUUACCACAAAA